GAAAUAUGUGUCAUAUGGGAAAGGGUAACACUUGUAGUGACAACAACAACAUAAUUACACCAAAAGUAUUCUGUGACAAAAGGUAAUAAAAAUCGUUUAGAGGAUGUGGGCAGGAUGCAUAACACCACGGCCACUCACUCACUCGCUCAUGCAGCAAGUAAGGCUAUGCGGGUUUUCUUUUUCGUUGGAAAACAAACAAAAAUACCGCAGGAAAUCGAUCAAACAUGAAAUCCCUUUGUCUGUCUCGUUGUUUAUUCAUUGACUCCGCCUUGGUUGCCGUGGAGAACGAAAAGUUUGGAUGUGCAUACUACAUCCACAAAGGCAAAAUGAAGGAAAGGAAAGAAAAUCGUCUGCCAGGCGGAAUUGUCAUUUGAGCAGCCAAACCAAAAGUUGUCACAACGCGCUUAGCACGAACAUUUCAAACAUGGUACAAAUAUAGAAAAUACUUGGAACGCAACAUUUAUUAUUUUUUUGGGGGAAGGUGGGCAGAAAAAAUAAGCAAAUAAUUCGCAAAAACAAAAUUUAUGGCCAAAACGUGAAAACCCAUACCCUUCCAAAUUGGAAAAACAAACAAAGAGUAAAACGCCAACAAACUGCAUGACUUACUUAAAUGAUAAGCAAUCAACAUCAUCACCCCUUCUCGUCGUCGUCGUCGUCGUCGUUUCAUCAUCCCCGUUGGCCCCAAAUGGGAGUGGGCCAAGUUAGAGUGAAGACGGUGACAAGAACUUUUGCUAAUCCAUGCAAAGGAUAUGUGUUUUUUGUAAUUCGAACAUUCGAACACGCGGUGUGAACGAAUACCCAUCGAAACUGAGGCGACAUGGCAAACUCAUACGAGCCCGAUACCGAGUCAGACGAGGACUGUGAGGUCUAUUUUUUGAAACCUGUCAAUGAGUAUAAUAUUGUGGAUAAAAUCAAGGAGGCCAACAAGGAAUUAUUCUCACAGGACGUUGAUGGUUUGGCCAACGAUGACAGCAAUGAGAAAAGCGACGAUUUAAUGUCUCCACUGGCGGGCAACCGUAAGGUUAGCUUUGCUGCCAAUUUGGAGGUCUAUGAACCUCAAAGCGGCAUAAGUUUACAGGAAUUGGAGAAAAAGUUGGGCAAAGAACCCUACGAGCCACAGGAGCACAAUACAGAGGAGGGUCCUGCACAAAAGCUGGAAAUAAUCACCGAGGAGGAAGCUUUCAAUGAUACAGAGGAAAUAGAGAAACCAGAAACGCCCCACAGCUCGUCAGAAAAAGGCAACGAAGAUUUUCCCCCAGCGGCAGAGGCCACAGAGGAAAACAUGGCUUCUGCAUCAGUCGAACCUGCUGAUGAGGCCAUUGAGGAGAUAUGUGAAGAAAUCCUUGUAAUGGAUAUGGAAAAUGAAAAUGCAACAGCAACCAAAAUGACCACAAAACCACCCAGCUCCUUAUCGUAUGAGAGCCCGGGAACCCAGCAACGCAAAAUGCUCAAACAAAUUACCUUUGAUUAUGAUGAUGAACAGGAUAAUAAAAGUUUAACCAAUCUUCUUAUAUCGGAUAAUGAAGAUGAAACUGAGGAUGAUGAUGAUGACAAUGGAAACAAAACCCACGAGGAAAUCAGCCUCAAUGAUCCCGACGAACAUUUCGAUUACAAUUGCAAUGAACCCUUAUUGGAAGACAAUGAAACUGAGGAAAAUCAGCAUCACAGCCACCGCUGUCAUAACAGUCAAGCCAACGAAGAGCAGCCAUACAAUGAUGAUGAUGACGACGAAGAUGAUGAUAAACUUUCCAUUAUUGUUGCCUCAUAUCUGCCCGAUGAUGCUUUCGAUUGUGAUCGGGCCUCCCUAACCUCGGACAAUAAGUGUAGCAACCACAAUCAUCAUCAUCAUCAUCAAUCUUUUCGUAACCGCAACAAACUGCCUUUUCGCAGUCGUUUCUCGUUUAAACGCCGCACCAAUCCUUCCAAUGUUGUGGGCUCCUCCUCCUGUGGCGGCAACAACAACAACAAUCGAUUUCUACCACCCCCCGAAGUUACCGACCUAAAGCUGCACUACAAAACCUGCUGUGAGUUUAAGAAUGCCCAACAGAAAUUACCCAAAUACACCGGCUACCUAUCCGAAUAUGGUCUAUCACGUGACCAGCUAGAGGAACGUGAACAGAAAUUACAACAUAAACAACGUUCGUUGCUACAGCAGACCCUUAAGACUUCCGAAGAUGAAAUGCGUAAAAUGCAUGACAAUGAGCGAGCCUUCACCAAAUGGCUGAAGAACAAAAUGAGGUUUCCCAUUAACAAGACACGCAAUAUGUUCGAUGUCAAACGUCCUUUCGGCCUGAGAAAGUGUACAAGUGUCAGUGGCACAAUGGCUUUGACGCCGCCACAACAACAGCACGAUGUUGAGGGCAGCGUGAGCGAGCAGCACAACAUUCAAAUUCCCCAUACCACGCGUUAUCGCAGUAUAAGUGCGAAAUUAAAGAAAAAGUAAAAUACAGAAAGGAAACGAGUCCUUUAAAACAAACACAACACACAAAAAUUUCCAAUUUUGUUUCCUUACUCUCUGUAAGAGAGAGGGAAAUUGAAGUAUUUCAAAAGAAAAAAUAAAUAAAGAAAGAUUUUUUAUGGGAA